AAAAAUGUAAACAAAUAUGAAAAUAAAAAGUUAAUACCUAUUCUUUUGUCUAGCAUCGUAAGUAAUGACAGAGAAGACAAUUGCUUCCAGUCAAAUAGAGUUUUGAGUCCAGACAAAAUCUGAAUUUUAUAAAUUUUCAUGCAAUCUAAACAUUAAAAUUUUAUAUUUUUAAUCAAUUUCAGUUCUGACAUAACUAUCAAUCAAACUAAUUCUAAAUAUUUAAUGAAUUAACACAUACGUUCAAAUAUGGAAUAUUUCGAAGUAGUGAUUCCACCCCACUAAAGAUCAUAUUUCUUGUAUAUGACAUUAACCUGUGUAAAAAAAAUUACAAUCUGAAUUAUUGUUUGGAAUUAGACGACUUAAGCAUGUAAGGAGCACAGUUCAACAUUAUACGCCACUCUUGACUAUUCCUUUUGAAAGCAUCACUCUUGAAAUAUUGGGCAGUUCAGCAUUUAUGAUUCUGACAAAUAUGCAGAAUAUCGACAUGUCAAAUUAUGUGGUUGCUUAUUUGAGAAAAUUUCUUCCUGUGCUAGCAAAAUCAACUUUCACAACUAAGAAUGUGGAAGAUUUUCAGCCCCUCCACGCGUAUAUAUGUAUUAAUAUUACAGGAGCAAGUGUAACCAUUUAAGCACAUGCUAUUGAACGAAAAGAAGAAAGAGGAUGAGAGUUGAAGUAGAAAUAAUUUCUAGAGAAGAUAUUAGACCUUCUUCUCCCACACCUUCUCACCUUAGAGUCUUCAGCCUUUCCCUUUUGGAUCACCUUAUCCCAUCGCCAUAUGCUCCAAUAAUCCUGUUCUACAAUUCACCUAAGAGUAACACAACUUACCUUUCUGAAGUCCCCAAGAGGUUACAAUUGCUGAAAGAAUCUCUAUCAGAGACACUAACCAAAUUCUACCCUCUAGGUGGCAAAAUCAAAGAGGAUCUGUCCAUUGAGUGCAAUGAUGAAGGUGCUAAUUUUGUGCUGGCCCGUGUGAAAUGUCCUCUAGAUGAAUUUCUAGUCCAACCUCAGGUAACCGUACUACACAAGUUUCUUCCUGUUGAUCUUGUGUCUGAAGGAUCAAAUUCAGGAACCUAUGUGACUAACAUUCAAGUGAACAUCUUUGAAUGUGGGGGAAUUGCCAUUGGCAUGUGCAUUUCUCAUAGGAUCCUAGAUGGAGCUGCACUAAGCACCUUUAUCAAAGGGUGGACAGAAAGGGCCAAGGGCUGUAACCAAUCAACCCAACCAAACUUCAUAGCACCUUCUCUCUUCCCCACUAGCAGUCCAUGGUUUAGAGACUUAUCUAUGUGGAUGUGGGGUUCCUUGUUCAAACAAGGCAAGUGGAUCACAAGGAGGUUUCUGUUUAGAAAUUCAGCUAUUGCCACAGUCAAGGCUCAAACACCAGGCACAGAAAAUUCCACACGUCUGCAGAUGGUUUCUGCUAUGCUGUGGAAGUCCCUCAUGGGGGUGUCCAAGGCACGGUUUGGCACCCAAAGGCCUUCUUUUGUUACUCAUCUGGUGAACCUGAGGAGAAAAAUGGACGAGGCUCUUUGUCCUGAACAUGCUAUGGGAAAUCUUCUUUGGUUGGCUGCAGAGAGUGUGGAUGAUAAUGAGAUGGGGUUGGAGGAGUUGGUGGGGAAGUUGAGGACUGCAAUAUCAAGAGUAGAUAACGAAUUUCUUGAAGAAUUGAAAGGUGAUAAGGGAAGGUCAACUAUGCAAGAGAGUCUUAGGGCAAUAGGUGAGAUGGGAUCAAAGAGUGAAGUGGAUUAUUUUGGGUUUAGUAGUUGGUGCAAUUUUGGGUACUACGAGGCUGAUUUUGGGUGGGGAAAACCCACAUGGGUGAGUGGUGCUGGUUCAAUUGACUCAGUUUCAAUGUUUAUGAAUCUUAUCAUCCUAGUGGACACAAGGUUGGGAGAUGGCAUAGAAGCUUGGGUUACCUUGGAAGAGGAAGAUAUGACUCAAUUGAAAGCAAACCCUGAACUCCUCACUUGUGCAACACUCGAUCCAAGUCCUUUAGCAAUGAGUUCAGUUGCCUGAUUAUUAGAAUUAGCUUUCAUUGCUAUUGAAAGUAAUUUUUCAUUUGAAGCUAAUAAGUUGGUUUCACGAAACCAAAUGGAAAAACAAAUUAAUUUAGUUGACCUUGAAGUUCAUGUCAUUAAAUCCAUUUACCUACUUACCUAGUUUUUUCUGUAUCUUAUUCAACUCUGUUAGACCGACUAACAGUAAAUGCAACUGAGUGUAUACGGGUCAGAAUUUGAUUUCUGACUGAAUUAUAUAAACAACAUUUUACUUAGAAGCUUUCCCCAUUAAAAAAAGAGAAAACACUUAAUACAGAGAAAUAAAACACCUUGGCUGUCUGCAUAUUGAGAUAAAACAAACACAAAUGGUGUGUGAAAUGCAAUUCUAAAAAGGGAGAGAAUGCAGAAAAUGUUAAUUAAGGGCCAAAUAUUUGUAUAUUCUAGUUUUAUUAUAUAGAAAUGAAUAAACUGAAGAAAAAGAAGUGUUGAA